AUGCGAGUGUUCCGACGGAUGAGUAACUCAUAUUUCAAUUGUCAUCGCGUUUGCAGGCAGCAUGAGCAGUUGCGAGCAGUGAUAUCGCGUGUGCUACGACCGUCUGGCAAAAAAGGAGUGGAAAAGCAGCCGGAUUCUGAUGUUGAAAAAUCAGUGGCAUUGCCUGGAACCGAAUUAAGUGCCAUCGAACAAGUGAAUAUGGCAUACGAGAAUGUGAAAGAGGUGGACUGCUUGGAUGUAAGCAACGAUGGUACGGCGGCUUGGGAAGCUGCCAACCGAAGAUAUGAGGAGCAGAUUGAUCGUGUCGAGACACAGAUCACGGCAAAAUUACGUGAUCAGUUGGGUGGUGCAAAAAAUGCGGAUGAGAUGUUCACGAUUUUCCAACGUUUCAAUGCACUGUUUGUUCGGCCGCAUAUUCGCGGUGCAAUUCGAGAAUAUCAGGCCCAACUGAUCCAGCGAGUUAAAGAAGACAUCGAUAAGCUACAGGUUUUUUGUUUUAGGAUUUUUGAUUUGAAUUCCGAAAAUGCACGAAGAUUGCGCAUGAUCGAUAUCCCGCCUGUUGCGGCGUCAAUUUUGUGGAUCCGUCAAAUUGAUGCGAAACUAACGCAGUAUAUGAAGCGUAUCGAGGAUGUUCUUGGACGUGGUUGGGAAAAUCAUGUCGAAGGUAUGGGGGGUUUUUAUUAA